AUGGUGAAUACUAGCAACAACAACAGCAGCAGCAGCAGCAGCAGCAGCAGCAGCAGCAGCAGCAGCAGCACGAACUGCACCACCACCACCACCACCACCACCAGCAGCAGCAGCAGCAGCAGCAGCAGCAGCAGCAGCAGCAGCAGCAGCAGCAGCAGCAGCAGCAGCAGCAGCAGCAGCAGCAGCAGCAGCAGCGCUGUUGAUGAUCCCGCUGGAGACAAACACAGCAGCAAACACCAGCAGCAGCAGCAGCAGCAGCAGCAGCAGCAGCAGCAGCAGCAAGAGCUGCCGCAGGUACACUACUAUGAAAUGGAUUGGCAUGCAAGGAGUGAAGCUGUGGGGUUCGAUCCCGCCUUCGCUGAGCUGGCGGUCCUCGGCUCUCAUCUGCUGCAGCAAACAGGCUUUUUCCUUUUCCACCAGCAGCAGCAGCAGCAGCAGCAGCAGGAGCAGCAGCAGCAGGAGCAGCAGCAGCAGGAGCAGCAGCAGCAGCAGCAGCAAGACCUGUGGCUGCGGGAUGGUGGGUUGCUGCUGGUGGUGGUGCUGGCAGCAGCAAACGAACUGCUGCUGCAGCAAACUCUUAAACUCAAACGCAGACAUGCGGAUCUGCUGCUGAAAGGCCAGCAGCAGCAGCAGCAACUGCAGCAGCAGCAGCAGCAGCAGCAGCAGCAGCAGAAGUUAAACUCUGCUGUAGAAUUACUCGCUGCUGCUGCAGAAGGGCUGGAUAGACAAAUAGGCGAUCCUUUGCUUCAUGCUUCUCCCGAUGCAGGAAACAGAUCAGCAGCAGCAGCAGCUGCUGCUGCUGCUGCAGCAGCAGCAGCAUUACCUGCAGCAGCUGCAGCUACAGCACCUGCAUCACCUGCACCUGUAGCAGCAGCAGCUGCUGCUGCUGCAGCUACAGCAGCAGCAGCUCAUGCUGAGUUUCCGGAUGCGCUGCUGCCUGGCUUUGGCUUUUCGUGUGCAGCAGCAGAGGAGAAACAAAAGCGGAGCAGCAGUCCAGCCGCUGCUGCUGCUGCUGCUGCAGCAGCAGCAGCUGCUGCUGCUGCUGCUGCUGCAGGCGGGGGCUCGGUACCCUCUGCUGCUGCCUUCACCGCAGCAGCAGCACUCGUCGAUGUCUUAGGAUCCUUAUGGAGGGGCAUAGGGGACAGCAUCUCCAUUCAGUAUGCUGGGUCUCCGGCUUUGCAUGCAGCAGAGUUUCUUCCUUGUCCUGCUCGUGCUGCUGCUGCUGCUGCUGCUGCGAGACAGCAGCAGCAGCAGCAGCAGCAGAAGCAACAGCCUGUGUCUGCUGCUGUGCAGAGAGCUGAAGCAGCAGCAGCAACCUGGGAAACAAUGAUACACGGAAUGAAAGACAGGCCGUGGGCAGCACAGUCGAGGACCAGCGCUCUAUACGCGGUGCAGAGGGGAAGAGCCGCCGCCUGUAUUUUAGCGGGAGCAGCAAAACCCAUCGCCCGCACACCCUGCAGCAGCUCAGCUGACAGGUCUAGCUCCUCCCUGCAGCAGCAGCAGCAGCAGCAGCAGCAGCAGCAGAAGCAGCAGCAGAAGGAGAAGGAGAGAUAUAGCAGCAGAAGCAGCAGCAGAAGCAGCAGCAGCAGCAGCAGAAUGAGAAGGAGAGAUAUAGCAGCAGAAGCAAGGGAGAAUAGACAAUAG